AGGUUUUACUUCCGGUUCGGCGGUAAAGCGUGUGUGCUGCUUAGCGAAGUACAAACGUUUCUGUGACGAAAAUAUAUCAACUUUAUUCCUUCUCAGAAAGCAUUUAGUACAACCUAAAUGAGUUUACCUCUGAACCCAAAGCCUUUCCUCAAUGGCCUGACAGGCAAACCAGUGAUGGUGAAGCUGAAGUGGGGGAUGGAGUACAAGGGUUACCUGGUGUCUGUGGACGGGUACAUGAAUAUGCAGCUGGCUAACACAGAAGAGUAUGUUGACGGGGCGUUGGCGGGUCAUCUUGGUGAAGUGCUGGUCAGGUGCAAUAAUGUUUUGUACAUCAGAGGCGUAGAAGAAGAGGAGGAAGACGGAGAAAUGAGGGAGUGAUGGUGAAGAGGACUCAGCCCUGUUGUGUGAUUGAGUAGUUGAGUUGAUGUGUGUUUGUGUUUUCACCAUGUGAAACAAAUGAAUGUUUGGGGUUUAGGUUAUUUUUCAAGCAGUUUUUUUUUUUUUUUUACUUUACUGUAUGUGAGGCCAAUUUUAUGUUGUGACUUUGUUAUACAGACUCAAUAAAAUGAUUAUCGUACCCUU